GCGGCAUGCAUAGAGAUAGCCAGCGCUAACCUCCACUAGCCUGAGGGAGGACAGAUAGAGGGAUAGUUGAGAUGACAGUGUUGCCCUGCAGAGGAAGACCUGCUUGACAUGCUGACUGGAAACACAGUGGCUGCACUUCUGACAGGAGACUAUUCUACUCUCUUUCUUUUCUCUCUCUCUUCUACUCUUUCACUUUUCUCUCUUCUCUCUCUCUUUUACUUCCGCUCCUCUGUCUCUUCUGAGAGAAUCUCCUAGUCCCUCAUUCUCUCUCCUGCUCUCUCGUGUCUUAAGAGAACUUUGGUUCCACUAGGACUGUCUCUCUCCAGUGUUUUGUUGCUAUGAUCUGUUUGUCUGUUUAGACAACAAACAUGACUAUUCUCCACCUAACAGGGGAUCUGCUGUUUGAUCGGUUUGAAAGUUGGUGUUGCUGAUCCAGGUGCUGAGGUGGUCUGAGAGGAACAUGGCAAAUCCAUAUAGCUCUUACAUCAGACAGCAGUCCCUCUGGAUCUACCUGACCACCAGUCACACCACCAGACUACCUGUUCCCUAGUAACACACCGUAACAGACUGUAACCGACUGUAGAGACAACAUGGACACAGUUCUGAUGGUUACUCUGGAGGAGCGACAGUCUCUGGUCAUGUCAGCAUCAUCUGGUAGGACCUUCUCACCACAGACACUGGCACAUACACAGGUACAGACACAGGCACAGCAACAGACACAACCAGAGACACAGACACCCCAGUCCUCCUCAGAAUGUGCUUCAGAGUCUUCUCAUGAUGACGACAGCUCCACAGAGAGAGGUGAGGAUGUUUGUUUGACUGGACCACUAAGCAGUGACUAUAACAGGACUGGAGCUCCUGGGAUAGAGGGAAAACUAGCUGUUAGUACUGGAGGGCCAGCAGGACCAGUAGAGUCUGGUUCUGAUGUCUCCCCUCCUGACCCUCUAGACCCUCUCCAGAUCGUCUGUCCCGGGGGUCUCCUCAGUGAGCCAGGCAGUGUGACAUCACCAUCGCCUGAUGAUGCCAAUCACAAUGGAUUGGAUUUACACAGUACUUCUCCAGCUGAGGACCCCUGCCUUGCCUCCAAUGUUCCUUCUCCUAGGAUAGAGGGAGAUGUGGAUGUUCUUGCUCCUAAGAUAGAGGGAAACCUGGAGGUUGAGGACAGUGACAGACCUGUAGAAUCAGGGCAUUUCCUGGAUGCUAACCUCUCUGGUCAGCUAGAGGACAUGGAGCUGGGGCAUACCUCGCCCAGCCAGACAGAGAGCGACAUGGAGCUAGAGGAGGAGUCACCCAGAUGGACAGAAACAGACAGCCAGCCUGAGGACCACUCAGAGGGGCCUAUGGAUAACGGACAUGUCCCUACUGAUCUGGAACACACAGAAGACAACCAUGUGCCCUUCCCUCUAGGACAUAUCCAUACCUUUCUGGUCCAAUCAGAGGCAGAGGUCAGCCAUGUCACUAUCUCUGUGGUCCAAUCAGAGACUUUUAGCUCCAUCCCUUCUCUAGUGGUCAGUGUAGACAACAACAUGGAUCCCUUCAGACCACCCUCCCUCCCCAUAGCCCUCUCUGAGGCCCCCUUGGUGGGGCUAGGGCUCUGCGAUCACCCCCGCAUCAUCAAACACAAACCUAGCUCCAUCACCUUCUCAGACUACACCUGUAGUUCCUCCACCUGUCACUCUAGCACCGACCACAGUGUCUUCAUCAAUGACAGCUCCGACUGCAGGGAGUCUUCCUCAGAGGAGGAUGAUGAAGGUGAUGUUGAUGAAGAUGGGGAUGAUGACAACAUAUUCCCAGAGCUGCUUCAGAGCAGGGAGUUCCUGGUCAGUCGGAGGAGAAGGAGCAGCAACAAAGAGAGAGACAAAGUAGUUCAGAAGAGAAGUUCUCUGAAUCCCCAGGCUGAGGCACCAGUCAGCUCUACAACCAACACUUCAGCCAGCUCCCACCUCUCCUCCUCUUCUUCCUCCAAAAACCAGAACCACGGCGGCUACGAGGCAGAGACUGAGACCAGCAACACAGAGGAGUCUCCCCUGGUCCAGCCUCAGACCCUGUGGUGUGAGUCUAUGAGCCAGCUGAUGAGGAAACUGGACCAGCUCAACCUGGACAUAGAGGAGGCUCUGAGUGCAUCAUCCUCCCCCUCGGACACACCCUGCACCGCACGCAGACAACAGUGUGGAGCUGUGUCUGGGACGGCAGUAAACCAAUCUCUUAAUGAGAAGGACAGUACACUGCUGCAGCGAGGGGAACCAGACACAGGAGAAUGUCCCAGACAGGACCAACACAAGACCACGGCCCCUCGUAUCUCAGCCAUAGGAACCAGAGCCAGGACCAAGAAGACAGUCAUGUGCAGUAAGAUGACCAAUGCAGGAGCAGAACUCGAGGCAAAGGAGGCGUGUGAUUGGCUACGAGCGGCAGGAUUCCCCCAAUACGCUCAGCUCUUUGAAGAUUCUCAGUUCCCCAUCGACAUCUCUCCUGUGAAGAAAGACCAUGACUUUCUGGACAACGACCUGGUGGAACCUCUCUGCCGGCGACUCAACACCUUGAACAAGUGUGCCUCUAUGAAACUAGACGUCAACCUCCCUAAGAAAAAGAGUGAAGACUCUGAUGAGGAGGACCUGUUUGCCAUCAGUGACAGAUGGACGUUUGAGUGUACGAGCCGCCGCUGGUCAAGACUAAAGGGGGAGGGGCAUAGUCCCAGGGAGGGGGAGGGGCAGGCCCUGCAGACCACCACCAGUAGCGAGAGUGUUCUAACUGACCUCAGCGAACCAGAGGUCUCAUCUCUCCACAGUGAGAGCAGUGGGGGGAGUGGCCACCAGGCUAUCAGCACAGAGGAAUCCGACAGCUCUAACCGGAACUACUACGACUCUGCAGCGAUGCCUGAACCUGACUCCACCUCCCUUACCCUACCGCACCUCCCCUACUACGGCUCGCUGCCCGCCAAAAACGGCCGCGCCGGACGGACCCGAGCCAAGGACUUCCUGCACCGCAUGGAGACACUACGUUCCCGGGGCACGCUGGGUAGGGGGCAUUGCAAGAAGCUGGUGAUCAGCGCUCCGGUACUGCAGACAGAGCCACAGGCCCUGAAGACGCUGCGCUGCGUGGAGAUCACCAAUGAGGACAGGUCGGGGGCGGAGGUAACCACUGGGGGACCUAUCCUAGGGCUAACCCCCCAGUGCCCCUCCAGCAGCGAGGGCAGCCACUCCAGCGGCAGCACUGUCUCAUCCCCCAGUCUGCAGGAGAGGAAGCCCCACUCCCAGCGGACGGACCGGUCCGACGCCAAGCGCAGUGGCAUGUAUCUGGAGGACUUGGCCGUGUUCUCCAGCCUGCAGCGGAUCGGUGGCGUGGCCCAGGGGAAGAGGGGUGUGGCCGAACACAAUCAGCGUAACGAGUUCCGCUCCUACGAGAACCUGGUGGUCCACAUCCCCAAAGACCACAAGCCUGGCACCUUCCCCAAGGCCCUGUCCAUAGAGAGCCUCUCCCCCAUCCUGGGGGCCUCUGUCCCCUGCCACAGCAACCACAUCAACCCCCUGGAGCCCCAGUCCAACCCCCACCCUACCUAUAACCCAAGGGAGUUCUACCACCGUCCACUCACCCAGUUCUGCCCACGGGGCAGUAGGAUCAGUGUGUACGACAACGUCCCUGGGUCUCACCUCUAUGCCUCUACUGGAGACCUGCUGGACCUGGAGAAGGAAGACCUGUUCCCCCACCUGGAUGACAUCCUGCAGCACGUCAACGGCCUGCAGCAGAUAGUGGACCGCUGGUCCAAGAACAUUCUGCCCUCUGCAGGCCUGGACGGACAGGGGACCCAUCCUGCAGGUAUGCAGUCUUCCAGCCAGAUCACGCUGGACUUUGAGGGGACGUCUGUUCUGGAGGGACAGAGCACAUCCAGUGACGGGGACAGAGACGCCGUGUCCCUCAUUGAGACUCACUGUACAGGACACAGAGAGAGGAGGGACUCAGGGGUGGGAGCAUCACUAACCAGACCCAACCGUCUGCGAUGGCCCAGCUUCCAGAUGUCCAACCGGCUCAGCCACUCAGUGGCCUCGCUCCAGAUCACCAACCAAUCAGCAGGCCAGCUCAGCCUGCUGCAGAAGUUCUCUCUCCUCCGCCUCACUGCCAUCAUGGAGAAAUACUCCAUGUCCAACAAACACGGAUGGACCUGGUCAGUUCCAAAGUUCAUGAAGAGGAUGAAGGUUCCAGACUACAAGGACAAGAAUGUGUUUGGUGUUCCUCUGAUCGUUCACGUCCAGCGCUCUGGUCAGCCCCUCCCCCUCAGUCUGCAGCAGGCCCUCCGAUACCUCAGGAGCCAGUGUCUAGACCAGGUGGGUCUGUUCCGUAAGUCUGGUGUGAAGUCUCGUAUCCAGGCGCUGAGGCAGAUGAAUGAGUCGUCUCCUGAUGAUGUCAGCUACGAGGACCAGUCAGCGUACGACGUAGCAGACAUGGUUAAACAGUUCUUCAGAGACCUGCCUGAACCUCUACUGACCAGCAAGCUGGGAGAGACCUUCCUACACAUCUACCAGUAUGUUCCUAAGGACCAGCGGUUGCAGGCUGUGCAGACGGCCAUCAUGCUGAUGUCAGACGAGAACAGGGAGGUGCUCCAGAUGCUGCUCUGCUUCCUGUCUGAUGUUACUUCCUCUGUGGAGGAGAACCAGAUGACUCCCAUGAACAUCGCUGUGUGUUUGGCCCCGUCCCUGUUCCACCUCAACAUCCUGAAGAAGGACAACCUCUCUCCCAGGGCCAUGCAGAGGAAGUACACAACAGGACGGCCCGACCAGAAGGACCUGAAUGAGAACCUUGCCGCGACGCAGGGACUUGCCCACAUGAUCAUAGAGUGCAACCGACUGUUUGAGAUUCCCCACGAGAUGGUGACUCAGUCCAGGAACUCGUACGUGGAGGCGGACCUUCACGCUCCCACCUUAGAGGAGCUCUGUAGACAGCAGCAGGAGGAGGACGAUGCGUCCUACCAGACAGAGGCCAGACCCUGCCAGACACACUCCGAGACCAGACCUCAGAACCUGUACCAGAGCUACGUAGAGAGCAGGCUGCAGGAGCUCCUGAAGGAGGCCAGAGAGAAGGCUAAGGGCUGGGUGUCCUGCACCAGCUCAGACAACACUGAGCUCUACUGUAAGAAGGUGGGUGAUGGGAACCCUUUGCGGCAGUGGCGUGUGGCGGUGGAAGUGGAGGCCCCUCCCUCGGUUUUGUUGAACCGCGUGCUGCGAGAGCGCCACCUGUGGGAUGUGGACCUGCUACAGUGGAAGGUAGCUGAGACUCUGGACAGACACACUGAGGUGUUCCACUAUGUCCUCAACCGCAUGCCCCCACACCCCAGCAGAGACUUCCUGGUCCUACGGUCGUGGAGGACUGACCUUCCCAAGGGGACGUGCGCAUUGGUGUGUGUGUCUGUAGAACAUGAGGACUGUCCCCGGGUCGGUGGGGUGAGGGCCGUGGUUCUAGAGUCCAACUACCUUCUAGAACCCUGCGGCUCUGGGAAGUCCAGACUCACUCACAUCUGCAGGGUGGACCUCAAGGGGAGGAGUCCAGAGUGGUACAACAAGGCCUUUGGUCACCUCUGUGCUGCUGAAGCUGCUCGUAUUCGCAACUCCUUCCAACCAAUCAGCACAGAGGGGCCAGAGACCAAGAUCUGACAUUAGAGUCUUCUGUCCAUAGAGCUAGACCCACACAUACCUGGAGGGAACUAGACCCAACCUUGCUUAGCCUAGAACUAGUGUAACCGAGUUGGAUUUGUAACCUCACUCCCCAACCUGAAAUGUCUCCACAUGUGCUAUCGAACUGCUAACUUUUCGGUAUCGAAGUUGGCUAAGACGUUGUCAAGAUACUGGUCCAGUAAGGAUUUGUGAGUGAGGAAGCUAUACCAAGGAAGCACAGUGACGUCUGUUACACUAGAGAAUGAUGUCUGGAGCUAGACCCAUCCAUGCCUUCCAUGGCCUGCCAACCAUGUCUGGAGCUAGACCCAUCCAUGCCUUCCAUGGCCUGCCAACCAUGUCUGGAGCUAGACCCAUCCAUGCCUUCCAUGGCCUGCCAACCAUGUCUGGAGCUAGACCCAUCCAUGCCUUCCAUGGCCUGCCAACCAUGUCUGGAGCUAGACCCAUCCAUGCCUUCCAUGGCCUGCCAACCAUGUCUGGUGCUAGACCCAUCCAUGCCUUCCAUGGCCUGCCAACCAUGUCUGGAGCUAGACCCAUCCAUGCCUUCCAUGGCCUGCCAACCAUGUCUGGUGCUAGACCCAUCCAUGCCUUCCAUGGCCUGCCAACCAUGUCUGGUGCUAGAGGAGUAUAUAUUCAUAGAGUCCUGAAGCCAAUAGGCAGAGCUGCAGCGCUAAAGAAUAAAAUAGACCAUGCUGACGAAUGGUUAAAACCAGGGGGUGGCCGCCCUAUCGCAUCUGACCGCCGAACAUCAGUCGUCAUUUUCUAUUUAUUUCAUCACCACCGUUUGUUGAACCCCAGCAGGUGAUCUGCUGUUACUGUGCACGGCUAACGCUCAUGUUGGUCUGUCUUGACAUGUGAUGCCAGAACACAGAGACCGAAGAGAGUAUGGAGCUUCUCUGGACUCUCUGCACAACGACACAAGAAGACCUUCUUAGGUGCAGGAUGUUAUUAAGACGUUAUUAGGAUGUUAUUAUAAAAUUAUUAUAAUUAACCUAUUAUUAUUAUUGUUAUUAUUAUUAUUUGUAUUAUUAUGACCGAUAGGAGAACAAAAUGAGGCUCCCAACGUCCAUUAGUAUUUAGUAUUACAGUCAUGUCUAAGACAUUUAAGCUCUUCAAAGCUUCUGGGAAGCUGUAUGUUAUUUUAUUCAUGUAAAAUGUCAUGCUUUAUGUUAGAUAUGCUGUGUGUGCACGCAUGUGUCUGUAUAUAUCUCUGUGUGUGAAAACAUACAUGCAAGCAUACUAGCUGUAUAUACUGUAUAUUUGAAAGGCUUAAUGCUACAACUUAUAUAUUGAUUCCAGCAUUGCAUCAUUGUUAUUGUAAUUCAUACGGUACUAAUCUGUAAGCUGGUUUUACUGGGCUUUAACAGUGCUGUGUGUGUCUGAAUGGCUGUAAUGUUAUUCUAUAUGACCUUAGUGUUUAAGGUUGAAAACUAUGCCUGCAUCCUAAAUGGCACCUUAUUUCCUAUAUAGUGCACCACUUUUUAGCAGAACCCCCAUAGGGCUCUGAUCAAAAUUAGUGCACUAUAUAGGGAAUAGGAUGCCAUUUGGGAAGGAGCCCAUGUGACUCAGGUUUGAUCUCCAGACCUGCUGUAGAGAGCUGGCUGGACUGAGCUUCAGUUAAGUUCCAGAGACGAGAUUUUUUAAUUAAACAACGUAAAAAAUGUUUGUGAAA